GCACCGACGAAGUUGUUAAGGCGCGUGAGUUCAAAACGUACACAGUGGAUAUAUUGUUUAAAAUCAUUUAUCAACCGUGCAAAAACGAGCCCAAAAGAACGUUACAGCCAUGGACAUUGUCAUACGUGAGGAGGAUAUUUCCCUAGCCCAAAUCGGUGUAUACGCUUCGGUAUCUUUUUUGGUGGUGUCUGCUGUGGGCGCAGCACUUUAUACCACCUGCUCGAAGCGGUAUCGUCUCAACUGGUUUGAGCAGAAUCUACUGGAAUCAGCCAACGAAAAGGAUGAAGAUCAACAGAGCAGGGAAGCCUUGGUUGCUGGUGCCGCUGGCUAUAAUGUCGACAACCUCAAUGAGUGCUCGCGCGGCAAUCUCAGUCCCACUUCCCUAAAGAACGAUGAGAAUGAUCCGGCUUUCUGGGUGCCCGCUUCGGUAACUUCCACAGCUGCUAUCCAACAACAAGUAUCGAACACCACAGAGGAGUCGGCACCACCAACACCUACUUCACCCACUGGCAGUCUCAAGUCCAACACCCUAUCCCUCUGCUCCACUACAUCCGUGCCAAUCGCCCGAUCGGACAAACAUGUCGUCCUGGCCAUGCAUCCCACUCGCCCCAGAGUCUCUUCCAUGAAUGCAAAAUUGGAUCACACAAAAAUCGAUAUGACUCUGUACAGAAGCCACACUCAACCAAAGACCUUGGACCCCGCUCCAGCCAUUGAAGUGCGUGGGAAUUUGCAUGUUGGAAUUAGCUACGAUCCAGUUGGUGGUCUUCUAAAUGUGCGAUUGCUAGAGGCUCAGAAUCUACAGCCAAGACAAUUCAGUGGCACUGCGGAUCCUUAUGCCAAGGUCCGACUGUUGCCCGACAAAAAGAACUUUUGGCAGACGCGUAUUCACAAGAAGACCUUGAAUCCAGUUUUCGACGAGCACUUUGUCUUUGAGGUUGCCGCUGGUGUCAUCGACAAGCGAACUGUGGAGAUUCUGCUGUAUGACUUUGAUGCCUACUCGCGACACGUGUGCAUUGGCGGAUCGAAGCUUCAUUUGGCCAACUUGGAUCUGAGCGAACAACUGCAGCUAUGGACUCCCUUGAGCUCCGCUUCGGCCCAGGACAUGAAAGUGGAUUUGGGAGAUAUAAUGGUGUCCCUGGCAUACCUUCCCUCAGCCGAACGUCUGAUGGUGGUACUGAUCAAGGCCAGAAAUCUACGGAUUGUCGAUGAUGCAAGGAACUCUUCCGAUCCGUAUGUCAAAGUGACUCUUCUGGGACCGGUGGGAAAGAAAAUGAAGAAACGCAAGACUGGAGUCCAGCGGAGCACCGUCAAUCCUGUAUACAACGAGGCCUUGGCAUUUGAUGUCAACAAGGAAACGCUGAAGAACUGUGUGCUCGAGUUUACUGUCGUCCAUGAUGGUCUUUUGGGAUCGAGUGAAAUCUUGGGUCGCACUCUCAUUGGCAACUCCUCCGAGGUGCGCACUGAGGAGAAGAUCUUCUUUGAGGAGAUGUUUCGUGCCAAAAAUGCCACCGCUCAAUGGGUGCCACUCCAAGAGCCGGUCACAAAUUUGGCCAAUGCAGCCAAGUCCACAACAAACAAGAAUUAGCUUCCACAGCUUGGUUUGUGUCUGGGAUGAGGUCGAACUUGCUGGAUUUUUCCCAAUUGAAGGCAAAUCGUACAUGAAUAUUACUCGGUAUCUACAUAGCUUUCGUGUAAAGUGUCAAGUUCACGUAAAAUUAACAUUAUGUGGGCAUAUCCAGCCAAUGAAAUCUUUUAUAUUUUCAAUCUAAAUCGGACCGACUCUAAAAACAUACAAAAUUUAAUUCAUUUUAUACUGAA